AUGAACAAGAUGAAAAACUUCAAGCGGAGGUUUUCACUCUCGGUUCCACGAACAGAGACCAUCGAGGAGUCACUGACAGAGUUCACGGAGCAGUUCAACCAGCUCAACAACCGGAGGAAUGAAGGGCAUCUGCAGCUGGGACACCUGGGCAGGGACUUCCAAGCAGACGCCAGCCCCAUCUCCCCCUCUGAGGUGGAAGGUCAGUCCCCGAUGUCCGUGCGCUACCGCAACAACAACCAGCGCCGCUUCUCCAUGGAGGAUGUCAGCAAGCGUCUCUCCCUGCCCAUGGACAUCCGCCUGCCCCCCGAGUUCUUGCAGAAGCUGCAGAUGGAGAGCCCGGAGUUCCCUAAGCCCCUCAGCAGGAUGUCCCGACGGGCUUCCCUCUCAGAUAUCGGGUUUGGGAAGCUGGAAACUUACGUUAAACUGGAUAAACUGGGAGAGGGCACUUACGCCACUGUCUUCAAGGGACGCAGCAAGCUCACCGAAAACCUCGUUGCCCUGAAGGAAAUCCGCCUGGAACAUGAGGAAGGGGCACCUUGCACGGCCAUACGGGAAGUGUCGCUGCUGAAGAACCUGAAACAUGCCAACAUCGUGACCCUGCAUGACAUCAUCCACACGGAGCGGUCCCUCACCCUCGUCUUCGAGUACCUGGACAACGACCUCAAGCAGUACCUCGAUAACUGUGGGAACCUGAUGAGCGUGCACAAUGUGAAGAUCUUCAUGUUCCAGCUGCUGCGUGGUCUGGCUUACUGUCAUGGGAGAAAGAUCCUGCAUCGAGACCUCAAACCCCAGAACCUGCUCAUCAAUGAGAGAGGAGAGCUCAAGCUGGCUGACUUCGGACUAGCCAGAGCCAAGUCAGUCCCUACGAAAACAUACUCCAAUGAGGUGGUCACGCUGUGGUACCGGCCCCCUGACGUCCUGCUGGGAUCUACUGAAUAUUCCACACCCAUCGACAUGUGGGGUGUUGGGUGCAUCCACUACGAGAUGGUCACCGGACGGCCCAUGUUCCCCGGCUCCACGGUGAAAGAAGAGCUGCAUUUGAUCUUCAGGCUGCUGGGAACCCCAACAGAAGACACCUGGCCUGGAAUAACAUCCAACGAGGAGUUUAAGGCUUACAAUUUCACACAGUACCGAGCCCAGCCGUUAAUAAAUCACGCCCCAAGGCUGGACUCGGAAGGCAUUGACUUGCUGAUGAACCUCCUUCUGUACGAAGCCAAAGGCCGGAUUUCGGCGGAGGCAGCCCUGCGGCAUGCUUACUUCAAGAGCCUGGGAGAACGGGUGCAUCUCCUGCCUGACAAUGUUUCCAUCUUCUCCCUGAAAGAGAUCCAGCUUCAAAAGGACCCUGGCUACCGAGGCUCAGCCUUUCAGCAGUCAGCCCGAGGGAAGAACAGGAGGCAGAGUAUAUUUUAA